AUGUUGCAGGAUGUGCCGUACCAGUACCGGGAGCACAACCGCAGCGUGGAGUACUCGGCGAUGACGGGCGGAUGCAACAACUGCGAUGCUCUGGAUCUAGAGAUAUGCUCCAAACCCGAUGCGGUGCCCCCGACUAUAAAGGAGCAGUUCAAGAAUAAGGUCUGCUGCGUGUGUGGCGUCAACGUUACGGACUACUCACCCAGGGCGGACUUCGGGUGCACCGGAUUCCUAGCUGCGUUCAUGCACGGCAAGUGCAUCUCUAUGAGCUGCCUCGAGGUUGUGGGUCCGUGGUACUCCAUUUUGAAGCCCGCAUACCCGCCGACAAUACACAGAAGGGUGUUCGUCGACGUCUACGCCUUCGACGGAGAUGCAGGAGUUAUACCAGAUGUUGCGCAAAAGGGGUACUAUACGAGCGAUGAUGCGGAUGAAACGCGCUAUCUCAGCGAACCGGUCUACAAGGACAAGCAUCUCAAGGCCACCCUCUCUGCCGAAAAGCAAGCAGUGAAAAACGAAGAGCUGGAUGUCACGCUGACCAUCAUCACGCAGCAGUGGCUCGACGGAAAUGCGCCGCAAAAGCUGGACAAGUUCGUCGCCGUGCCCUCUUGGCCUGAAACCGAUGAGACCGUUCAAGGGAGCUCGAGGAAGUACAAUUGUGAACAAGAAACACGGGCGCCUCACAAAUGCGAAGAUGAAGGAGACGUCCGGUGCCGCAUGGAGAAGUGUGCCCUAAACGUGCGCACCAUCGAGUCGGACGCCAUCGACACCACGGGCACGCAGUGCGACAAAAUAGGCGUGUCGAUGGGCACAUGGGGAAACGCGGGAAGGCUAUGCAACAGCGCGCCAAACAGCUGCGUUCAAAACCAGCUGGGCUGGUACCUGAGUGAACGAAAGGAAAAGGCGCUACUGCCGAGGCUGUACGGCGUCCAACCCAUGUUAGCACGUAGAGAAGUGCGCAAAACAAAGCAGAAAGUUACUAUGGAGGAGGUGAAAAGGGAAGAUGAGGACUCCCACACGUCCACGGGCAGAAGUGCUUGGAGGGGCCCUGCGUCAUACAGCGAUGACUCCGAUGAUGAGUACUAUUCGUCAGAGGAUGAUGAUGAGGAAGAGGACGAAGGUUUCGAAGAGGGAACAACCGAAUGGCACGAUAGCAGCUACGUGCACGCCAUUGCGUACUCCAUAGCAAAGGCGGAUACGUCACGAAUCGAGAUUAACACUUUCGACGCCACCGUCACCCAGAUCAUAGCGGAGGCAGUAGGAUUCAUAGUGAGCGCCACCAUGAGCGGGCCGUGCAAAGUUGCCAGCCACGAAGCAUGCACGAUGAACAUAGUCACCAAGAACGCCGGAAAGAUACGCGCAAAAUUCAGCCACCGCAUUCAGUGCUACGAGGCAGAAGAGCCUCACACGAGCCCCGUGGCCUCCUCGGAGGAGCAGAACGUGCAGGUGGAGGCAAACAGCACUGCAAAGUCGGUGGUACCGAUCACUAUCCACGCCGGGGAGGGAUCCGACAAGAUGGAAUGCGAAGUGCAGUUGUACUCAUCGACUGUGAGCCUCCUCGAAACGUUCGUAGUGAACGCAACACUCAUCACACCUUCCAAAACCAUGGGAAUGGACGUUCGCUCGUUCGACAAAUUCACCGACACGUCCAAGGAGGAGCAUGUGUUAAAGCUCGGAGCCAUGCAGUCGGAUAACAUGUGCACCUGCAAUGCAGGCGAGGUGGGCUGCUUCUUCCGGAAUUUCGGAAAGUGCAUGAGGCACGCCUUCAACAAGUACUACACCUGGUUCGUGCUGGGAAUCACGGGGAUCAGCUUCCUCGUGCUGCUGCCGGUGCUCAUACCGGUGGCACGGGUGGUAUUAAGCCGGGUCUCAGAGAGCCGCGCCCGUGCCAGGUUGAGGCGUGAGGCCGAGCAGGAGAUGGAAAGGAUCCGACGUGAGGCCGAGGAGCAGGCAGCAAGAUACGGCAGGUCAGACGUUAGGUUGCGCCCUGGCGACGAGGUGUAG